CAUUGCAUUUAUUUUUGUCCCAUCUUUUUCGCCGGCCCAAAAUGUUACGCGAAGCUUUUAGGAUCGGCAGCAGGCGCUGGUAUAGCUACAAGUCCGUCCGUCGUCCGAAUCUGGGUGCCACUAGUGUUCCAAAGGUGGAGCCGCCCAAGGAGCAGCCGGAGGAGUCCUCCAAAGCGGAGAGCGGACAUGGCAGCCUGGCCAAACAGCUGCGGGCGAAGAUUCUGGCCACCGGACCCAUUCCUGUGGCCGAGUACAUGCGCGAAGUGCUGACCAAUCCUCAAGCUGGCUACUACAUGAACCGGGAUGUGUUCGGACGGGAGGGCGACUUCAUAACCUCGCCGGAAAUAUCACAGAUCUUCGGAGAGCUCGUGGGGAUCUGGCUGGUGAGCGAGUGGCGCAAGAUGGGCAGUCCGUCGCCCUUUCAGUUAGUGGAACUCGGUCCAGGUCGCGGCACUCUGGCCAGGGAUGUGCUGAAGGUGCUCACCAAGUUCAAGCAGGACGCCGAGUUCUCGAUGCACAUGGUGGAGGUUAGUCCGUUUCUGAGUAAGGCACAGGCACAGCGCUUUUGCUACUCCCACCAAACUCUGCCGGAGGACGCGCAGCUGCCCCAUUACCAGGAGGGCACAACGGGCACCGGAACGAAGGCAUUCUGGCACCGCCGGCUAGAGGAUGUUCCUCAGGGAUUCUCCCUAGUGCUCGCCCACGAGUUCUUCGAUGCCCUGCCAGUGCACAAGCUGCAACUGGUGGAUGGCAAGUGGCAGGAAGUGCUUAUCGAUGUGGCAUCCUCUGAUGGCGCACAAGACGCUGGCUUUCGGUAUGUGCUCUCACGCAGCCAAACGCCCGUUUCAAGUCUUUACCGACCAAUGCCCGGCGAGACACGAUCCUGUUUGGAGCACUCCCUGGAAACGGAACGUCAGGUGGGACUGCUCGCCGAGCGCAUUGAACGGGAUGGCGGCAUCGCUCUAAUCAUGGACUACGGACACUUUGGCGAGAAAACGGAUACUUUCCGGGCCUUCAAGCAGCACAAGCUACACGAUCCGCUGCUGGAGCCGGGCAGUGCUGAUCUUACGGCCGAUGUGGACUUCAAGCUGGUGCGGCACAUCGCUGAGACGCGCGGAAAUGUCCAUUGCUGCGGUCCCGUGGAGCAGGGACUGUUCCUGCAGCGAAUGCAGGGAGAGGCUCGACUGGAGCAGCUGUUGGCACAUGCGCUGCCCGAAAACCAGGAGAUUAUUCGCUCUGGCUACGAGAUGCUCACGGAUCCGGCGCAGAUGGGCAGUCGCUUUAAGUUCCUGGCCAUGUUUCCCGGCGUGCUGGCUCCCCACCUAGACAAAUAUCCCGUCGUCGGAUUCAGUUAGUUAGAAAUUUAGGUUUUGAUUUUAGGGACUUAAAUAUGUUGCACAUGAUUGUU